UCCAGCUGGAGUGUAAAUAGUGAAUGAAAUACAUAUAUAAAUUAGUGUUAAGGCAUGAUCCAUGCGUAGUAGUGUACGUGCGGUUGAUUUCAUUCGAAAUUAUUUAUUAAAGCGGCAUCUCGCGAUGAAAAAAGAAAUUGUAAUGAAGCCAAGCGACUUGGUGUCAAACAUAAAAAUGGAGAAAAAGGGGAAGUUCCUUGUGCCGUCAAUCGCCACACUCGACGAGGCGAUGCUGGCAACGGGUUUCGGUAUCUACAACAUCCUGCACAUGCUGUUGAGCGGGCUGAUACUCAUGGGUGUUAUCAUGCAGAGCCUCUCGCUCGGCUACGUGCUUCCAGCGGCGCAAUGUGACCUGAAUCUUACUCUGCAACAAAGAGGCUGGCUAGCAGCUAUACCUUUUUCGGCAAUUAUCCUGACUUCGUACUUCUGGGGCUGGCUUGCUGACACCAAAGGCCGUCGCUUCGUAAUGCUGUUCUCAAUGCUGAUAUCUGCCGUCUUCGCUGUGCUAGCCAGCUUCUCUCCAGAGAUCAUCUCUUUUGCUAUAUUGACGUUCACCUCUGCUGUCUUCAUGGCGGGUCCAUCGUCAGUCGUGUACACGUAUCUCGGAGAGUUCACAAACAUCCGUCAUAGAGACAAAAUCGUAGCUUUCGGCUCCUCCUUCGUUGGAAUAGGAACCGUUGUGUUACCAGCUGUCUCCUGGCUAAUCCUGCCCAUCAACAUCUCGCUGCCCAUAAGCUUCCUCAACAUAACGUACCGCUCGUGGCGGCUCCUGGUGAUCGCGUCCAACCUGCCGCUGGCGGUCGGCUUCGUGCUGCUGCUCUUCGCGCCGGAGAGCCCCAAGUUCCUGAACGCGUGCGGCCAGCAAGAGGCCUGCUUGAAGGUGCUGAGGCAAAUGUACUCCGUCAAUAAGAGGAUGCCGCAGGAUACGUAUCCGGUGAAAUCCCUAGUAGAAGAGACACAGGCAGUAAAAGCGAUGGAGAGCAACAGUCUCACCGCAGUGCUCAAGUCCAUGCGCGAUCAGACCGAGCCGCUGUUUCGUCCGCCGCUACUCAAGUGGACCUUCCUGAUCUGCUUCAUACAGUUCGGAUUGUUUGGCACAACUAACGGCUUCUAUGUAUGGUUCCCCACAAUAUUGAAUUCAGUGGCCAACCAUGAAGGAAGCGAGACUAGAAUCUGUGACAUCUUGAACGCUCAUCAGAAAGUUCCUAGCAACGGUACUGAGACCAUCUGCGACGACACAAUGAACACGGCGACCUUCGAGCUCUCCAUCUACAUUGGCCUCGUGUUCUGCUCCAUGUACAUCAUCGUGGGGUUCCUCGUGGACUUCAUGGGCAAGAAGCUGAUCCUGCUCACCAUCCUCACUGGCACCGGGCUGUGCGGCAUCGGCGCGCACCUCGCGCACAGCCAGGCCGCUGUCGUGCUGUUUGCGAUCUUCCAGAUGUGCGGCGCGUGUAUCGGACUCACUAACGCUGUUACUGUUGAGCUAUUCCCCACUAAGUACAGGUGAGGGAUGACUGUGACAAUUGUAGGGUUUUAUCAAGGUUUAGGUUGCCACUAUGUAUAGGUGAGGUAUAAGGUAUGACAAGAGGGAUGACUUUGGGAAUUGUG